GGUGCGCUGUGUCCCUCUGACACAGCGGAUUACUGAUCCAUGGAAAGAGCCGAAGAUGUUGGCUCGGUCAUGUGAUCAGCUAUGUCCAAUCACAGCAAAUCACUGAUCAUCAGAGCACUGAUGAUCAGUGUAGCCCCAGCAAUGCCACCUGUCAAUGUCCAUCAGUUCCAGCUGUCAGUUCUCAUCAGUGCCACGUGCCAGUGCCCAUCAGUGCCAUAUCAAUGCCACAUGUCAGUGCCUACCAGUGCACAUCAAUGCCACAUAUCAGUGCCCAUCUGAGCUGCCAUUCAGUGUCACCCAUCAUUGCCAGUCAGUGCCACCUAUCAAUGCCAAUCAAUGCCACCUAGCAGUGCCUCCUAUCAGUGUGCAUCAGUGCCAUCUAUCAGUGCCCGUCAGUGCCGCCUAACAGUGCCAGUCAGUGCCACCUAACAGUGCC